AUGAUAAAUGAAAAAGGUAAAGAAAUCCGGAUGGAAACCCUGAUCCAGAAGUACUUCCGGAAAAGUGCUUUAGACCUUUCCCAUGGAAUGGUGUUUUACUCACUGGGUAAGCCAGGAAGCACUCUUACAAUGGUUUUAUUCCAGUUGUACAUACCUCUUACAGUGCUUUUUCUUUUGCUAAUACUUUUCCAGCUGACGUUAUACUCUGUUGCUAUACGAAAUUCAUUUGUAAAUUUAAAUAGAGAUAAUUUAACGCAUAUAUUAGAUGGAGUGGGUGCUUUUCUCUCUGUUGGCAUGCUUUGCAGUGCACUAAAAGAGCCCGUCCUGGAUAUCUUCCAGACCAGGCACAUUUGCCAGAAUAUCCCAACAAGUAAUUUCAUAAAAUCAAUUAUCCUGCGAAUAUUUAAAGUAGCCAUGAUUGUGCCCUGCGUAUACAUAGCAAGCUCCAUUUCCAUGGAAAUAAUCUCAACAUACCCGUUGCAACUGGAUAAAUAUGCAAGAACAUUACUCUGCAUUGUAGUUGGUAUUUCCGGUAUAGAACUACUUUCCAUACUUAGAACAAUUCUACCAUACCUUAAUAGUCCUGCAGGAGACAAAGAAAAGCGCAUUUACACAGUGGCCCACUUCUUGUACGCAUGCUUUAUAAUUUCCUUCCUGGGCGUAGUAGUAUACACUAUGCGCGCGGAUAUUUAUAAUUACAAAAUGAUCUUAAAUACAGCAGCACCAAAAGGACUUAAAAUAGGCCUACACACAAAGGCAUAA